AUGUUCCGCAUCAGAUGGAACGAAGAGCUCAUGGCCAAGGCCGUCGCGGGGGCAAAGACGGCUGCCGAAGAGGGCAGGGACUUGGGUGCCAAAACCCCCGCGGAAGCCGCACAGUACGUCUGUACGUUUUUCGCGUGCUGUGCUGGACUGGUCCCGCAGGUGGGAUUCCUAUUGGAAAUUUUCGGCAGCCUGUUCGGCUCGGUGUUCGGCGCACCAGACUCGAAUGAAGAGAUUUGGGAGGCGCUGCGCAAGAAGAUUGAGAACCUGAUUGACUGCAAGAUCGAGGAACACCACAAACAGACACUGAAAGACACGAUUGAUGGGCUUAAGAACUAUAUGAAACGCUACCAGCAAUUUUGCGUCAACUUCGAAAAAGCGCCCGAAGACCAGAAAGCGGCGGCGGCGCUCAAUGUCCUAGUCGAACAUAUUGCCUUUCUGGGCGCCAUCGAGCUUGAAAUGCCGCAUUUUCGAUCCAAGGGUUACGAAUCUUGGGGCUACAUCGAAGCCAAUAUCGAAGGCAUACGUCAGGACUUUGUGAGAUUUACAUCGCGAGGAGCGUACUCCCACGCACAACGUGGAGAGUACAUCUCACAGCAAGCUUCGACUCUAGCACAGGCCAUCACAAAAGGUGAGGAGCUAGGGUUUCAUGCCGAAACACUGGACAUAUGGCGAAUGUCCUACACCGAUCUCCUACAGUCCAGCAAAGUCGAAAACGAGUACAAGGACAUGAGCUACGUGUCCUACGUGUUGAAAAUCUACGAAAAUGGCCGCAAGCAGGUGCAGCCAUACGCCCCGUCGAAGCAUUAUCCAGAAGCCCUCAACAUCGGCAUCACGGAGGCCGAAAAGCUCAGAGCCUACGCGGACUACGACUCUUGA